AUGAAAAGGCAAAAUCAGAGCUCUGUUACAGAAUUCAUCCUUUUGGGAUUUUCAAACUAUCCUGAACUGCAAGAGCGGCUCUUUGGGUUUUUCCUGGUUAUUUACCUGGUGACUCUGUUGGGAAAUGCCAUCAUUAUAGUUGUCAUCUCCCUGGAAAAAAGCCUCCACAUUCCCUUAUACCUGUUUCUCCUGAACUUGUCUGUGUUGGAAGUAGGUUUCAGUGCAACUACUACACCUAAAAUGCUGGUGGUCCUGUCCUCUGAAAAAACUACAAUUACUUUUGCAGGCUGCUUUGCACAGAUGUACUUCCUUCUUCUUUUUGGUGGGACUGAAUGUUUUCUCCUGGGGGCAAUGGCUUAUGACCGAUAUGCUGCAAUCUGCCAUCCACUGAACUAUCCAGUGAUAAUGAACAAAAGUGUUUUCAUGAGAUUAGUAAUGUUCUCCUGGGUUUCUUGGCUCCUAUUGGAUACUGUGCAUACCUCCUGGGUCUUUAGCUUCCCCUAUUGUGGCCCCAAUGAAAUUAAUCAUCUCUUCUGUGAGACGCCCCCAGUGCUGGAGCUUGCAUGUGCAGACACCUUUAUUUUUGAAAUCUAUGCAUUCACAGGCACUGUUAUGGUGGUUGUGGUACCGUUUUUCUUAAUUCUCCUAUCUUAUACUCGAAUUCUUUUUGCCAUCCUGAAGAUGCCAACAACCACUGGGAGACAAAAGGCCUUUUCCACCUGUGCCUCCCACCUAACUUCUGUGACCCUUUUCUAUGGUACAGCUAUGUUAACUUAUUCACAGCCUAAAUCAGGCUAUUCCCCAGAAACCAAGAAAUUGAUGUCAUUGGCUUACUCAUUUCUUACACCACUACUGAAUCCACUGAUCUAUAGCUUGAGAAACAAUGAGAUGAAAAGAGCAAUGGUAAAAUUAUGGAGAAGAAAAUUUAAUUUGCAAACUUUGUAA